UGACUGACAAGCUCUCAACUCUGCUACUAGCUUAAUAACUAGCUACAACGGAUAGCAAAGCUAGGCUAGCUAGCUAACGCGCUCCUGCAAUGAGAACAGGUCGUCAGCUCCCUCUGUCUUCGCUGCACCUCCUGGUUCCUCCACUGAGGCUGAUGUCAGCCUGUAUGUGGCAGGUGGCCCAGGAGAGAAAUGUAGACCAGUAUGACAAACUGGUAGAAUUCAUCAUGUUGGUGACAGAGAUGGUCCCAGAGCUGCUGAACUACAAACAGAAGACUCAGCUCGUCCUGGGUCUGAGAGCAAGGCUCAUCCUUGAAUCCUUAAAGAGGAUGGAUAAGGUUGACUGUGAAGCUAUCCACGAUUAUCUAAACAGUUUCCAACAGAAAACACCAAACUACAUACAUGAAGAGGAUCCAGAUGGAGAGGUGGAGACAUCAAAGUCAGCAUUCAUAGAGCUGGUUCAAACAUUACUGACAGACCAAACUGAAAAGGAGGCAUUUUUCAAGGAGGUCUUCCCAGUCCAGUAUGGAGCUCGUUUUGAUACAGCGCUGCAGAUCCUGGUGUGGGAGUUCUUCUACCGACUGGAAGAGUUCCUCCCAGUACCAAGUUUUUCACAGGUGUUCUCCAUGUUUAACGUUUCUUCCCUUGACUAUGAGUUUGAGCAAUUUGUCUCUGACCCUGAAGACCUGAGGAGGAUUUUGCAGCAACAACAGGAGCGGACAAAGCUGACUAAAAGUGAGUUUACCUUCAUGUCAGACACCAUCCUCUGCACGCUUGCAUUUAAACAUGAUUCAGUGGCAUCUGAAGAUCAUACUGGUGAACAAGACAGUGGGAAGUCUCUGGGAGGAAAUCAUGAAAAGUCGGAACAGAAGACACUGAAGAAAGAAAACAGCUUUAUUGCAGAAGACAUUUGUGAGGAUGAUGAAGAGACGGACAACAGUUCCAUUGAAACUAAUCCAAACUCUCCGCUGCACGAGUACGGGCUGUCACCUCUCUCUUCCUCUCCAUGCUCUGAGGCAGGUGACGCUGAAACAGCUGAAGCUGCCAUACUUCAAGAAGUAGAGGAACAUCUGGAUCUGGGGGGAAACAAGGAGUCAUCAGAAGAGAGAACGAUCCAGUCAUUCAACGAGGACACUAACAGCACCAAUAAAAACAUCUGCCAGAAGUGUGGCAAGACUUUUGCAUCUCGUUCCACCUUGAAAAACCAUUACGCUGUUCACUCUUUGGUACGGCCGUUCAAGUGCACUCAGUGCGACAAGACAUAUAAAACCCGUAAAGACUUGAAUCAUCAUUUCCUUAUUCAUUCCAGCUCUAAAGGCCCGCCUUAUGCUUGCAGCCUUUGUGACAAGAGCUACAGUUAUAAGGCUUCACUCAAAGUGCAUCUGCGUAAGCACAGCGGAGAAAGGCCGUUUGCCUGCUCGUACUGUGACAAAAGAUUCCUGACAAAUACAAUCUUGAAGUCCCACCUCCGCAUUCACACCGGGGAGCGCCCGUAUGCUUGUACUUUUUGCGACAAAACAUUCACACAGUCUUCUCAGUGCAUCGUGCAUCUCAGGAUACACAAGAAAGAGAACCCGUACCUGUGCAGCACAUGUGGCAAGUCGUUUCCGAGCUCCGGGGCCUUGCUGGUGCAUUCACGCAACCACACAGGGGAGCGGCCUCAUCAGUGUGACUUCUGUGGGAAACGUUACGCCACAGCUAUACGACUGACAGUACACCGGAGAUUCCACACAGGAGAGAGGCCGUAUUCUUGCUCAAAAUGUGACAAAUCAUUCCACUGUGGUUCAGGGCUGAAGAGACACAUGAGGACACACACGGGAGAGAAACCGUACCAAUGUGUCACAUGUCACAAGAGGUUUUCUGUGAAAUCCAACAUGAAAAUACACCUCAAAGUCCACAAGAACAUCUAGUAUACUGAAGGACUGAAGAGACACAUGAGGACGCACACGGGAGAGAAACCGUACCAAUGUGUCACAUGUCACAAGAGGUUUUCUGUGAAAUCCAACAUGAAAAUACACCUCAAAGUCCACAAAAACAUCUAGUAUACUGUUGUGACUUUACUGAGUGAUUAAGCCUAAAUCAUUCAUUUGUCAGAACAAGCUGUUUGGUGCAUCUUCCUAUCAGUAAAUCAUGAACUGUAUGUAAAUACGUAUGGAAAUAUGGACUUGGGACACUCAAAUUACAUUGUGUGUAAUGUGUCUGUAAUUGUGUCAUUAAAUGCAUAUCAUGUAUUAAGAGACCAUUAUUGAAGAGAAUAAUGUUUGGGAUUAUCUGAGGUUAAAGACAUGACGUUAGUGUUCUGUUAAAGUAAUCUCUAAAAAAAAAUGU